UAGACUGGCUUCCUUCUUUUCCUCUUCCUCGCUCCAAUUUCAGAGACUCAAGACAGCUCCAAUUGUCUCUCCUCUCCACUCUACUCCUCUACUAUACCCUCUUCUCUUCACCAUUUAAAUCCUUAUCUUUCUCUCUCUUCCGCUGAAUUAUUAUGUCACCAACUGCUUAAUUCAAAAGUGAUCAACUUCAACAAUUUUAUCCUUCCAGGAUAUCAACAAAUGGCUUUCAGAUGGAGAAAGGAGAAUUAGCAAAAAGCAGAGAUUGAAGGGGGAAUAAAAAUAAAGAAAGAACCUUAAUUAAUUCUAAAAAACCAGAAAUGCGAACGAUUUGUGACGUCUGUGAGAGCGCAGCCGCGAUUCUUUUUUGUGCAGCUGAUGAAGCCGCUCUUUGCCGUUCCUGUGACGAGAAGGUUCAUUUGUGCAACAAGCUAGCUAGUCGGCACGUGCGAGUAGGACUUGCAGAUCCUAGCGCUGUUCCGCAGUGUGACAUAUGUGAAAAUGCACCAGCUUUCUUUUACUGUGAGAUAGAUGGUAGUUCGCUCUGCUUGCAAUGCGAUAUGAUAGUACAUGUUGGUGGUAAAAGAACCCAUGGUAGAUAUCUCCUGUUGAGGCAGAGGGUUGAGUUUCCAGGGGAUAAACCUGGCCGGAUGGAGGAGCAAGGACAACAACCUCUUGAUCAUAAUGAAACAAGGAGGGACCAAAACCAGCCACUUAAACUCACAGCUAGAGAAAAUAAACAAAACCACAGAGCCUCUCCAGUUCCAAUGGUAGAGAAUAACACAGAUAGCGACGGGAAAAUGGACAACAAUUUGAUUGAUCUUAAUGCCAGGCCUCAGCGGAUACAUGGACAAAAUUCAACUAACCAGGAAAAUCACGAAUCUUCUAGUGCGGUUCCUGUUGGAUCCUACAAAAGAGAGCCUCAAAAGUAAGCAAGGUGAAAGCAGCAGAAUGAAGAGGUUAAGGUAUUACACAUCUAUGACAUAUGCCUGGCUCCAUCUUUUUUUUUUGACCUAUUGCAAUCAGCAACCAUAACAUAGAAGCUUUGAAUCUUUAAAAGAAGAAUAACUUUUGCCGAUAAUGAAUGCUUCUUGUACUGGGCAGAUAAGUUAGCUGCUUUGCUGAGAACCAGAUAUUAUUACGUUAGAUUUCAGAAGGAUGCUUGUAAUUGAAAAGGAAAACUCUAGCGUGCAUAUUUGUGAUGUUUUCAUGGCUGAAUGUGUGGUCAAGAUUUAUCGCACUUUGUGCUGCUUGAUUAAAGGAUUAAUAGCAUUUUAUUGGCUUUUCCUGGACGUGCCAGCAUUUCACAUUUUCAGUGAGUGGAUAUAUCUGUAGUUUUAGUGUUCUCAUUGAUAGGUACUGACAUAUUGAGUAUGGUUGUCUAGUUUUAUCUUUAUUUGACUUCAGGAUUGGUGCUCAUUUGCUGAUUACAGUCAGGGUUUCACAUUGUGGGCAGAAUUUGAAAAUCUGAGAAUUUUCAUGUUUCUUGACCCAUGUGCAUUUGUUCCUCAGUGAGGGUAGAUAUGGAGCCUGGCUGUGUGCUGUUAGCAGGUUCACAAAAAGUGACAUCCAAGUUUUGGCUUUUAUUUAGGUUGUUAUUACUUUAGUGGCUGUCACUCACUUGUCACAGUUUGUGGAUAUCUACAACUUCUUGAACAAACCAACUUCUAGAACAAAGCUUGUUCUACUUUUCCUAUAAACAUUUGCAUAAAGGCAUUGCGUUUUUUUGCCAGAGUAAGAUGCACUGCAAAUGCUAGCUUAAGUUGAAAUUAGGCAGUCUGUCUUUAAUUUUAUGAAAGUUGGAAGCAUGACUUAAAUCAAACCAGUGGAUUAGAGAAAGGGCAAAGCAAGCAACUGUGAUCUGAAGCACUAGUAAACAAAUGAACAAACUGACUGAUUUUGUUCUGUUGCUACUAAUAUUGUUUACCAGGCAGAGUUGCAAGAUACUUGUAAGUCUUUGGAGACUGGAGUGGCAUGUGUUUAUAUUGCUUGCCAGAUUUUGUAAAUUAUAGCUGAGAGCAGUUGCAGUUAAUGCCCAAGAGGAACCUGAUAGAUUCAAACCUUUCGCUUCAAGUCAAAUAUUGUUAAAUUUUGUGGAUCUCAGAAUACUGCCUGAGAUAAGAGCCAAGGCGGAUAGUUUAUUGCAUUAAAUGAAGGCCUUUAUUUUUCCAUUUGAUAUUCAAGAUGAUUUGAUCCAACUGGAUAUAAAUCAAAUCCUUCGAAGUGAUUACAAGAAGGAAUUUUGGAGUUACUACCUUGGAAGGGAACUUAAGUGUGCUGUCAGUCUAGAGAUGCUAAGAAAUGGAGGAUAAGGAUGUUUAGCCAUAAUUAGAUGUUUUGCAUAAAAUACAUGUGAUGACAGAUUGCCUUGCAGAUCAAGUGUUUGAUUUUGGAAGCAUGCUGUAUUUCUCUACCACUUUAUUGGAGUUGUAAGAAGCUAUUUGCCUGGGAUUAUGAGGUUUAGCUAUUAUUGAAUCUUGAACCGUAAAUUCUGAAAUGAGCUGCCAUCUUCUACUAGCCUGCCUGGGUUCGAGAAUGUCCAUGUCUGUUUUAGGUGUGUUAAAUUAAUGAGGGUCUGAGUGGCAUUGUGAUGGUUGUACACGAUGCAAACCGAUAUUUGUGGGCGUCAAGAUGGGGCUGAAAACAGCGACCUCUAUUAGGUUUAUGCUAUUUUUCCCUUUCACCUUCGUUCAACUAAUGAGAUUUCUGUUAACUUCUUUCUAUUAGUAGUUGUGUGUUAGUGCAAAUUCAUAUUGGCAUCCAUGCUCGUUUGUCCUUUUGAUACCUAUUCUAUCUAAAUUUUACAGCCUGCAGAUUAAUUUCUUGCUCAUUAUUCGGAUUUCAUUUGGGGAGCCAUCACUGUAAACUUUUAUAAUUUGAAAGCAACUGAAAUUGUUGUGCCUAUUUAUCUUUUUGAUCAUUGAAAUUCUUCUUGUACUUUGCUGAAGAUUUUUCGCUAUCUGUGUGUGAUGUGGCUGUCCCCAUUAUUAUCUGUGG